GGAUGAACGCUUUAAGUUUUAAAAAAAUUACAUCAGAUCUAUUAGAAAAGUGUAUAUUGUCUUUAAGAAAUAGAAAAGCAAGAUAAUAUUUUAAUAGUAUUGGAUUUGUGGUUCAGUUACCUGAAUAUUUUUUGUUGCUCAAAUAUUUGAAUACCAAUACCCUACUUUUCGAAAAUAAUUUUCUAUGAAACAAAAGAGAACAAAUCAAUUAAUUACACAAAAUCGAUCAACAUGAUGAAUAUUUAAAACCCACAUGGUUUUUUAGCUAAUGAUCUCAAUGAAUACAGAAUACAGUCCAAAUAUUCGCCUAACAAUAGAUAGAGCCUUAUUAAAACCUUCUGAUUCACUCCGUCAAAAUUAUUGAUCCCCAAUCAGCACCAUCAUCAUCAUUCAACGUAGAUCAUUAACAACCAUGAUCAACCAUCAACAUUAUCAACCAUCAUCAUUACCAACUAUCAUCAUUGCCAACCAUCAUCAUUACCAACUAUCAUCAUUGCCAACCAUCAUAGUUACCAACCAUCAUCAUUACCAACCAUCAUCGUUACCAACCAUCAUCAUCACCAACCAUCAUCAUCACCAACCAUCAUCAUUACCAACUAUCAUCAUUACCAACCAUCAUCAUUACCAACCAUCAUCAUUACCAACCAUCAACAUUACCAACCAUCAUCAUUACCAACCAUCAUCAUUACCAACUAUCAUCAUUGCCAACCAUCAUAGUUACCAACCAUCAUCAUUACCAACCAUCAUCGUUACUAACAAUUAUAGUUACCAACCAUCAUUGUUAUCAACCAUCAUUGUUAUCAACCACCAUAGUUACCAACCAUUAUUGUUACUAACAAUCAUAGUUACCAACCAUCAUCGUUAUCAACCAUCAUAGUUACCAACCAUCAUAAUUACCAACCAUCAUAGUUACCAACCAUCAUCAUUACCAACCAUCAUUGUUACUAACCAUUAUAGUUACCAACCAUCAUGGUUAUCAACCAUCAUAGUUACCAACCAUCAUUAUUACCAACCAUCAUCGUUACUAACAAUCAUCAUUCAACAAAUAUUGAUCAUUCAACAAAUAUUGAUCAUCAUCAACAACCAUUGUCGUAACCAAUCAUCAUCAAUCGCCAUCAAACAUUAAGAAUCGUUUCCAACAAACAUUAUCAACAACAAUCAUCAAUAAUCGUAUUUAUCUUCCUCAACAUCGUUACAAAUCAUUACCAACAUCAUCGUUACCAACCAUCAUUGAUUCUAAUCAGCA